UUUCACUUUUCUUUUGCAAUAACAUUGUAUUUGAAGUGUCUUCUACGAACAAAAUUCGAGUAUAUAAAAUAUGAUCAACUGUGAACAACAACUUUGCUUCUUAGUAUUGUAGGCAUUAAAUUAGUAAAAGGAACAUACCGAACAUUUUACUGGUAGUCGAUCAAUUAAAAAAUUUAAAUUAAAGAAAAAUUAAUAGUAUCGUUGUCUGAAAUUUAGUGACGUCAUAUGGUACAGUAGUAAUUAUGUUCAUCCUAGCAAAGAAAUAAACUUUUAUUUUGAUAGAAAUUCAAAAAUUCUUAAAAACUUCAAAUGUAAGGAGGUUUUUUUUGUUCGGUUUAAUAAUUAUCCUUUCAAGCGUAAGCAAGAAAUCAUUUGUGUCCAGUAGCGGAUCCAGAGGGGGGGCUAAGGGGCUCAAGCCCCCUCCAAAAGCAUCUGGGUCUACUAUUGUUUUAGUGUUUGCCUUGAUAAAGCCUAGCCUCAGCUGGGUCAAGCUCGUCCCAAACCAAAAUCCUGGAUCCGCCACUGUUUGUGUCAAUAGGUUUCAAACCUUCAACUAAUAGAAGGUAUUUUUCUUAAAUCAAACGGUUAUUGUGGAAUGCACCAGUCUUUCUGUUAAAAUUAGCAUGAAAUUCUUUAAAUUUUUUUGUUGAGUGCUGUUAAAUGUUAAAACCCGUAAACACUGUCUUUUUGCGUAACGGACCCAUAAAUAUAUAAAUUUUAAUAUAUUUUUCUUAAUUAUUUAUAUUGUUUGGUAUACGUAUAUUAGUAGUUAUUCAUCCAUUCGUUUUUUUAAGAAUUUUAAUAAUAUAAAUAAUUUUGAUGAUUCACGCACCCACAUGUUUGCUGGAAUGAAAUUGUGGUAAAUAUGUAGUUGAGCGGUAUUUGCAAAAAAAAAUUUUAAAAAUCCGAAAAUACCUUUAUUAGACACUCUUCAACUUCCUCUUUUCAUUAAAAGCGGCGGAGGUAAGAAAUUCCAAAUACUUUAGGAGAUAUUGCCGUUCUUAUUUUGCAUACAAGAUCUGUGUUUAUCAUACGACCGUCGCAAUUUUUUUAUUUUGCCGUGUGUUUGUGAAUGCCUAAUUAAUGAAAAUGGUCGAUUAGGUCAGGUCAGUUACAUUACAAAUACUUUGAAACUAAGCGUACAUUAAAAAUAAUAUGAAAUUAUUUCAAUGGUUCUUUAGUUUUAAAGUAUUUAUAAUGUAACUGACCUGACCUAACAAACCGGGACAAAGGAAGAACAGUAACAACUCACGUAAAAUUUUUUUGUUACUUAUUACUUGCGCAACAAUAAAAAAUAAGACUUUAAAAUUAGAAACGUUAAAAACUCGCCUAAGUUGGAGGCGGUAAUUAAACACAGUUUUAAAACAAUAAAUGAACUAAAUAAUUACGUAUUGGUUCAUUUGAAUUCUGGCCUAUCACGAUCAAUCACGUGACAUCAUUAUCCAAUAAAAAAAUAGAUACUCGUAAACAAGAAACAAUGCGGAAUGCCACAUAAUGCACUGGUAUAAUUGUGAUAAAAUUUAAAAAUUCGAUAUCUUCUAAAGUAUUUGGAAUUUCUUAUCUCCGCCGCUUUUAAUGAAAAGAGGAAGUUGAAGAGCGUCUACUAAAGGUAUCUUCGGAUUUUUAACAUUUAUUUCGCAAAUUCCGCUCAACUACAUAUGAUGAAAUUUAAAAAUUCAAUAUCUCCUAAAGUAUUUGGAAUUUCUUACCUCCACCGCUUUUAAUGAAAAGAGGAAGUUAAAGAGCAUAGAAUAAAAGUAUUUUCGGAUUUUUAAUAUUUUUUUUCGCAAAUACCGCCCAACUACAUAUUUACCGAAAUUGUGAUAGUAUGCAUUUGUCUUCAAUUUGCCCCUGAAAAUCCUAAAAAAUUAUUUAUAUUUAAGUAUGGCCGAGGUACCUGAAACAUCCUACUAUUGAGAGGAAUCCAAAUCCUGAUACCAUAAUAUUUAUGUCACCAUCAUGACGGCGCUCACGUCAUUACCACCCCUUCAUACUUACGAGACCAGCGCGUGAAUUGGGGGAUUUUGGGCGGGGAACAUUCAUGUGGAUGUUUCCCACAAAAUACGUUUUUUUAAUGAAACUGACUCUCUGGUAUUGUAUUAUAUGCUAUAGACCUACCUAUUUUAAUCUGCAACACUAAAAAAUGAAUGUGUAUUACCAACGUCAUAUUCUGUUUAGUAUAUUUUGUGAUGCCAAUUUUAUAUAGUUUAGUUGUGUAUUAUGUUCAACAAUGAAUUAAACGUCCUGGGUAGCUUAAAGUAUAAUAUAGCUCUACCUACUCUAGUAUAGAACAUGGUACCAAAAUUAUAUUACCCACAGUCCUACAAUUCUGCCUGGUGUAGAAUAUUUUACGAUACCACUUUUUAUAAUUGAUUAUUAACUUUCAACCAUGAUUUUAACAUUGCAGGUGUCGUAAAGCAUACUACAGCCCCAUAUAUUCUAUUAUAGAAUGCAAUACUGAAUAUAUAUUAUUUUGCAUGCAAUGAUGUAAUUUCCUCAAGAAACAAAUAUUAUGCAAUACAAGCAUUUAAAUCUCCUGUUCAUACCGCCCAAUUCCUGCAUUUGUACCAUAAGAUUGUACAUGUCGUAAUUACUUCAGCACUGCCUUGUUGACGACUUCAUCAAUAUUGCUAAUUAUAUUACGAUGUACACUAAUAAAACUAUUUUUAAUGUAGCUGAACUAAUUUCACCAAACCUUUGUUUUGUUUCAAUUUCUUCAACAAGCGCAAAACUAAUGUUACCUAGAAAAAUGUGGCCUUUUUACUUUACCUAAUAAAUUUAAUAUGCAUAUAACACAAAACAAAUAUUUAACUUAACAUCACAAAUUAAACCCGCAUACAACAUCCUUCUCAUCUGUCUCAGCAAACAAAAUCCACACAAAUCACUACCACCAAUCACUAAAAUAUUUAAAAACCAUAACAAUAAACCUUACUAUUCUUACUUUUAUGGCAAUAACCAUCUACUAUCGUUAUGACACAUAUAUAUUAUAUUUACGCAAAAAAAUUUCUACCAUUAAAUACACUUUACCCAGACGAGGCUCUGGGAACUUUCCCAACCCUCCAGAGAGACAGAGAAUCUCAGGAGAAGGGGAAAGGGGGUAGUGAAGCACUGCUGCUGAUCUGAUAAGGCGCAAAGCAGUACGUAAUGGAGGGAUGGAAGCUACCUGCAUCGCGCCCCACACCCACAGACAGGCACACGCGCUGGAUGACCACCAGCCUCAUCACUAGAGUCCUCAUAACAAUAUGUUCUCUUAAUAGAAACAUUUGGAAAAAUCUUAAAAUGCUGUUAAACAUUAGUAUUUUUGUAAUAUUUACAGAACAUAAUAAUCUCUUAAAGAAUUUUUUUUUUUUUUUUUUUUUUAAAUAUAGUUAGGGCCUUUAAGUAGAUGGGAAAAGGCCCGACAAAAUUCCAUAGCUCGGGAAGGGAUCUUAACAUGGCCAAAAAUGAAAUCUCUCCCUUUUUGAUGCAGCUAUAACGAAAUCUCCCAUGCAACUGACGGGACUGAAUGGUUAUCUGAAUUAACUGUCAGUUGACCGGAGGGAACCGAGGUCUGAAACUCAGACCAAACAUCGGAGGAUUCACCACACAGUACUACACAGUGUCUUCGGUUAAUCAUUUAGAUAUGAUGUCUCACAUGGAGAACUGAUAGAUAUACUUUGUGUGUAUGGGGCCCUUACGGCUAAUAAGUAGGAAAUGAUGUUCAGAAUGAAGUAUGCUCAAAAAAAAACACUAUUGCCUACAGGAAUCAUAUUUUUAGAUGGAGUCUGAUCAGAUGUUUGGUAGCUUGUCCAGCAGAGGAAAACUUGUACUGGAAGCAGUGUGGAAGGAUUGGCUGGCAAUGUACGGUUCUCAAACAAGUGAAAGUGAUCAUCAUGGUAAAAUGAGUGAACAGGGUUCUCUUUUGGAUGAACUUUUUCCACUUCCGGUUACCUUGGAAGAUUCGAAACAACGAGCAGCUACGAGAGCUCAAGAACAUCUUGAGAAUAGCACUAAGGCAACUAAGGUUUUCAGCCAAAAUAAUUACAGCAAACCACCUCAUACAAGUAAUGCAAACACAAACAGUGUUAAUCUGCAGGCCUGUGAAUGUAUUCAGACACCAGCAAAAGAGCCUAAUGACUCUCCUUGUAAAGGUACAACAAAUUGUACAUCAAAAUCCGCACAAAGCAGGUGUAUUGAAGAGUCUGAAGUUACAUUUUCAUCAGUAUUUGAUGAAAGCAAUUUUAAUGAUGAUUUUCCAUAUAAACAUAAAUAUGGUAUGUUGAAAUCAAAUAGUCCCAGUCAUCAGACAGAAGAAGUUUAUGAAGCCAGUGAUGGUGGAAUGAAAAGUCUUAAUAAUAAAAAUAGUAAUGAGUCAUUUACGAGUCUGCAGGAACGUACAGAAACUCCUCCAUCAGGGUUGCCACCACCCACAGCAACUGAUACUGAAGAAAAUUCGAAAAGUGAAAAUGCAGAACUUUAUCCUCAGAAUCUAAUUGAUCUAACAGACGUUUCAAAGACCAUAAGCAAUGACAUGCAUGAUGAAAAUGUCAUGACUAGCUUUAAAUGUUUGGAGCAGCCUGCAGACGAAGGUUGUGUUUUCAAGAAACCUGAAAUCCCACUCAGCAAAAAUAAAUUUGGAAACCAAGAUAGGGACUGUGGACUUGAUUGGUUUUAUGAGUCACACACAGCAUUUAAUAUCAAGUGGGCAAUUAGAAAUGAGUGUUCUUUGUUUUCAAACUUAUUGGGAUCGGCCAGUUCUGUGAAUAGUGAUUUUUUUGAAAAUAGAUUUUCUGCAAAUUCAAUUGACAAAUUAAUGUGCAAUAUGUAUAAUGAUGUUGAAAGUGAUGCAGAAAAUGUGCCUGAGCCCCUUGAAAAUUUUGAGAUUUCAAUUGAUAAUGAUAGUGUGCCAGAAAAAAUCAAAUCUGAUGUAUUGGGUGAUGCAGUUCUGAAAAGAAAUGUUAAUACAAAUGAUAAUAGCCUCAUUGCAGCUUCAAGCCAAGAAUUUUCAUCAGAAGAAUUUGAAGAUGAAUCUCCCAGUUCUGAAUUUUUUCAUACAGUACAGAAUGCUUCUCCAAAGUCAGUACAGUCAUUGCAGCCACCAAAAUGUAUAAAGGAGUUAGUUCAACACUGUGGGGAAAAUAAGAUUCAAGAGCUUUGUACUAAACAAUGUUUGAAACAACGCAACAACACUGAACUAAAGUUUCCUGAACGAAAAGCUAAAUCAUUUAAUAAAAGAAAAUUUUUCAAGAGUCCUGUGAUUUUCCAAAAUUCAAAUGUUUUUGCCAAUAGAAAUGUAUUGAAAAAUACGGAAGUAUUGCCAACGAAAAUUGAAACAGGUUUUUGUGGAUUUCCUGUUACAUCACACGAUGAUAUGCUAUUUUCUGGAGAAGAUGAAGUUUUGCAAACGAAAAGUCAGCAGGAAAAUCCCAUAAAACAAAAUACAACAUUCAGAAUAUUCAAGACAAAGUCGUUUCCACAGAAAAAUGUUGAGAAUUUUGUUUCUAAAAGUUCCCGAGUACCAAUGAAAUUAAAGCAACAGAAAUUGGAUUCAUUUAACUUUAAGAUAAUUUCUAAUAAAAAAGAGGAAUCAAAUAUUGGUGCACAAGAUAAGUUUAGAACUUCAAAAAAAAUUUAUUCUUCAGGGGCUAGUCAAGUAUGUACAGUUGAUGAACCUCCUGUAUUAAAUGCAGAUAUCUACAGCAUCAGCGAGACAGACAAUGAAAAAUCUGUCUUAAAGUUACCAUUGAAAGCUAAAAUGAACUCGAAUGUGUCUGCUCGAAAAAAAAUUAGAUUUCAGCAACCUACGAAACUAAGUUUUGAAAAGGACAGUUUUUUACAAGAAACAUUGAAAGAAACUGAUGAAAUUAAGUUUAUUUUCUUUACAUUGACAAAAGAAUUAUUUGAAAAAGUACUUAAUGAUUUGAAGCAGAAUAUAGUGCAAGAAAUUUGUCUUGCAAUCGUCUACAGGGAAGGAUUCUGCCAGCUCAAUAAGCCCCUGGAACACACUAUGUCGACCAUUUGCAAUCCAAAAGGCAUAAUGUUUGGUGUCAUGGACACAAAUUGUGAUAUUAAGUAUUAUUACUUUGAUGUGUGCUCACCAUCCCAGAUGGACGAAAGCAGAGACUUUAUUCUUAAAUUGCUGAACAGCCAGUGCCGAAUGAUCUGCUUUGAAGCACAAGAAAUGUUUGCUUUUCUGAUUGAUAAGUUUCAGUUUUCACCAAGACAAGCAUGCAUCGAGUGGUUGAUGAUAGACCCCUUGAUUGGCUGCUGGCUGCUCGAUCCAGAUCAUCCUGUAUCUUCAUUCAGGGAAACCUUGGAAAGGUUGGAAGUUUCUACAACCGUGAAUGAUAAAAUAUUUCAGAAAACUGACGCAAGUGCGGACAACGAUCUGAAUCGUUGCUGCCAUCUUUUGCAAACACUCUCCACGGUGGCCGAGAAGCUGUAUGAGAGAUUGUCAUCUCAGCAUUUGUGGGAACUAUUCACGGGAGUAGAGCUGAAGCUUGUGCCAUUGCUUGCAGCAAUGGAACUUCGUGGUAUUUGUGUUGAAAAGUCAGAAUUCCAGAAGAUGGAUGUCCUUCUAAAGGUCACAACAUGUCUUCAAAACUCAGAAAAACUACAUUCAGGGAUGAAUGGAACCAGAACCCAUCCCUCUCAUGGGCUCAGGCUAUUGAUGGCUGCCCAUAUGCAGCUUGGUGCAAACUUUGCAAUCACAGGAUUGAACUGAGUAAUAUGGGGAAGCAGGCUCUUACCAGUCAUGCAUCUGGAGUGAAACACAGCAGAAGAGUGCAAGGAUUACACAUGAGUUCAUCCAUAGCAGUGUACUGUAAAACAACUAGGCCUACAUCAGCAGCGUCACAAAAUAAUUCUUCUUCAGAGUCUUCUUCACCUUUGUCUGAAUCUUCAAAAUUGUUUAGUUCUGAUGUACCCAGCUCACCUCAAGUAUCUUCCCCUCCGUUGUUCCAAACAGAUCCAGUCAGCAGUUCUAAAUCUCUGCCUGAUACUUCCUCGAAUGCUGAUAAUUCUUAUCUAAACCCAUCCGCAACAUGUUCUUGCACGUGCACAUGUGGCAGUGCUAGAAAGGAAUCAAAAUCAUUGACAAAUUACUUAUUAAAUGAUUCUGUAACACGUGCCGAAAUACUUUGGUGUUUGUAUUGUGUUAUGGCUCAUAAUUCCUUAAGGAAUUCAGAAAAUAGUGUAGCAAUGCAUCGUAAGAUGUAUCACGACAGCAAAAUUGCAGCUAAAUUGCAGUUGGGAAAAUCGAAAGUAUCCUAUACAAUAGUUCACGGAUUGGCUCCAGAAUUUCAAAAGGAACUGCAUGCUGAUAUAUCAAAAUCUUCUCAUCUUGUAGUUGGCUUUGAUGAAAGUUUAAAUAAAAUUGCCCAGAAACAGCAAAUGGACAUUUCUGUCCGUUACUGGAAUGAAGAUGAUUCAAUUACUUGCACUCGAUAUCUUACAUCAGCAUUUCUCGGCCAUUCGACUGCAGCAGACCUGUUAAGUGCUUUUAAAAACUCUUUGCCUGUGAAUACAUUACACAAAAUUAUACAGGUGUCGAUGGAUGGCCCCAAUGUAAAUUUGCGGUUUUUAAAAGACUUGAAGCAAGAUUUGAAGGAAGGUCGUACUGAUGAGGGGGUAAUAUUGGAUAUCGGCACUUGUGGCUUACAUUCAUUACACUGUGCCUUCAAAGGCGCAAUGAAAGAAACUGGUUGGGAAAUUGUUAAAUUCUUGCGUGCUAUUUACAACCUGUUUCAUAACAUCCCCACUCGUCGUGCAGACUACAUUAGAAUAACUGGUUCCAGCUUGUUUCCUCUAAAAUUUUGUCCAGUUCGUUGGUUAGACAACGUUCCUGUAGCAGACAGAGCAUUGAAAAUUUUACCAAAUCUUCGGAACUAUGUUGCUGGUCUAAAGUCAAAUACAGAACCUACGUGUGCUAGUUUUGUUAUAGUGAAAAGUGCUAUUAAAGAUGUGUUACUUGGACCUAAACUUGCUUUUUUUUCAUCUGUUGCUGCUGAAGUUGAACCACUUCUCAAAGAAUAUCAAACAAAUGACCCCAUGGCGCCGUACCUCUUUUCCGACUUUUCUUCAGUCAUCAAGAAUUUUAUGACUAGAUUUGUCAAAGCAGACGUAAUGGCAAAUACUACCCUAAGCAAAAUAGAUUUAUCUGCAAAUAAUCUUUUGUCAAGUAAAAAAAUUGACUUAGGUUUUGGGACACGAGCUGCAUUAUGUUCAGAAAAUGCAAGUCAGAAGGAUAUGGAAUUAUUUAGAGCAGACUGUCUAAAAUGCCUGCAGGAAUGUGUGAAAAGGAUUUUAAAGCGCUCACCUCUUACAUUCAGCUUGACAAGAGGCAUUUCAUUUGCUGAUCCUUCUGUAGCCCUUAUUCCCGAUUUGGCGAUCAAGAGGCUGUCAUGUGCCUUAGAUAUAUUUGUUAGUCAUAAUUGGCUCUCUGGAAUUCAAGGUGACAAAAUAUCGAAGGAAUUCAAAAGAUUGUGUUCAUUGACUGCAGUGCAGGAACAUUUGAAACUCCAUGUCCGAUCCAAAGUACGCCUGGAUAAGUUUUGGUUUGACCUUUUAAAUGUUUACUGUAGUGAAAAUACAGGGCAUUUAGCAUCUUUUUUGAAAAUGAUAUUUAUUAUGUCUCAUGGCAACGCAGCAGUAGAAAGGGGAUUUUCAAUAAACAAACAGUGCUUGGUAGAAAAUCAGCUGGACAUUUCACUGAUUGCUCAGCGUACAAUUCAUGAUGGUAUUUUGUCAGCUGGAGGUCUGGAUAAUUUUGUCGUAUCUAAAAGAUUUAUUCAUGCUGCUCGUAAUGCAUAUUUAAAAUACAAGGAAUACACGGAACAACAGAAGAAGUUAUUACAGGAAAAGGAAGAACAAGAAAAGCAGCUGCUGAACUCUCUGCUUUGGAAGCUAAGAAAAAGAAAAUCUUGGAAGAUGCUGAAAAAGAAGCUGCUGUAUUAAGCUUCCAGAUAGAAGCUUUAAAAAAGUAGUGCUGCUAAGAAAAACCUUUGUUAAAAUUUUAAUUUGUGAUUGGACUUAAAAGGUUUUUUUAAAGUUUUAAGUUUGGAACUAUUGCAUACUUAGCUAAUUUGAAUACUAUAUAUAUUAUUUUUAAAUAUGAAGUGGAACUGACUUAUGUUUUCAAAACCAUCUAGUGAGUAACUCUUGAAGAAAUUGAGGAACAUGGUGAUAUGUGAGUACAAUAAACAUAUUUCAUAUAUUUUUUUUCACAUUUUGUAUUUUAGUAUUAGACCUAUUUACACAGUUGCUGUUGCUUAAAAUUUUGCAGUAUAUUUUUACAUAUAUUAUAGUGUAAAAAAUAUUGACAAAGUUUAUAAGAAUUUAAAUGGGAACGAGCAUAGUGUCAGGGAAAAUCCUAAUUUUGUCAGGGAAAACAGGGAAAUGUCAGGGAUUUUUGAAAUACAUUUUCACUGGACACCCUGAUUAACUUUAGAAAUAAAUAAAUUCAUUGGAAUAAAAUCAAAGGUAAAAGAGAUUUUUCUUGCAACUUAUGUUUUGGUCUAAUUUUAUUUUUUUUAUUAUUUUUUAUAUUCAGCUAGGUAGGCCAAGGACUGCUUUGCUUAUAUAAACUAACCUAACUAAAAUAUCACACAUGUUCAAGUACCUGGUUGGUAAAAUUUUUAAUUUUUAGGUUUGGUAGUUUAAUUUUCAUGUAAUGAAUAAUGCUAUUUGUUG